AGCGAGGCGAGGCGAGAGGUCGCGCGGGUAAGGUUACGCACGGAGCGGCGCAGCGACUUCAAGGAUCGCCAUGGGUCUCAUGUCCAAGGCCAAGUUCAAGAAUGUGGACUUCUACCGCAAGAUCCCGAAGGACAUGACGGAGGGCACCAUCCCGGGCAGCGUGAUCUCGAUGCUCGCCGCGCUCGUCAUCGGCCUGCUGUUGGUGAGCGAGGUGGGCAGCUACCUCACGCCCAAGUUCGACACGCGGGUGGUCAUCGAUCGCAGCGCGGACGGCGAGAUGAUGCGCAUCAACUUCAACGUCUCGUUCCCCGCGCUGUCGUGCGAGUUCGCCUCCGUCGACGUCGGCGACGCCAUGGGACUGAACCGAUUCAACCUGACCAAGACGGUGUUCAAGCGCGCGAUCGACGCCAAGCUGAACCCGCUCGGGCCCAUCCAGUGGGAGCGCGGGCACGAGAACAGGAAGGAGCCCGAGCACGCCGACGACGCCGCCACCGCCGUCGCCAUCAAGGCCGUCGAGGAACACGCAGAGCGCAAAGCCGCCAUGCCAAACAGCGACAAGCACGCCGAGGCAGUCUUCGAGCUCGACGCCAAAUCCUUCGAAGACGAGAAGAAGAAGGCCGCGGUGCUCCUGGUCAACUUCUACGCGCCGUGGUGUCCGUGGUCCAGGCGUCUGGACCCCGUCUGGAAAGCAUCCGCGCUCCAGAUCCACGCCAAGUACCCCAAAGAUCACGCCAACCGCGUCGUCGUCGCCGAGGUUGACUGCACCAAGCACGAACGACUGUGCAGGGAUCAGCACAUCCAGGGGUACCCGUCCGUGCGAGUGUACACCAAGUCCCACGACGCCCUGCACCGCGGCUACGACCACGACCACACCUCCUACCACGGCGACCGAACCGUCGAGGCAAUCACGACCUUCGCCGAGGAGCUCCUGCCCGCGUGGAAGGCUACGGAUCACAAGGACACCGAGCUGGCGAUCCGUCAGCCGGUGGAGACGCAGACGGUGAAGAAGAUCGACGGCCCCGGGUGCUCCGUCACCGGCUUCGUCCUGGUCAAGAAGGUUCCCGGCCACCUUUGGGUCACGGCGACGUCCAAGUCGCACUCGUUUCACGCGGAGAGCAUGAACAUGUCGCACGUGGUGCACCACUUUUACUUUGGGCAGCAGCUCACGCCCCAGCGCAAGCGAUACCUCGACAGAUUCCACUCCAGGGAGAAGGACCCCAAGGGGGACUGGCACGACAAGCUCGCGGGCGGGACGUUUACGAGCGAAGAGGACAACGUGACCCACGAGCAUUACCUGCAGACGGUGCUCACGACGAUCAAACCCAGCGGAAGCCCCGCGCCGUUCAACGUGUACGAGUACACGCAACACUCGCACUCGCUCCGGUCGGAGAAGGAGCUCCCGAGGGCGAAGUUUCACUUCGAUCCGUCGCCGGUUCAGAUCAGCGUCAGCGAGGAGAGGCAGAAGUUUUACCACUUCAUCACCACGCUGAUGGCCAUCGUCGGCGGCGUGUACUCGGUCAUGGGCAUUGCGGACGGGUUCGUGCACAACUCCAUCCAGGCGUGGAAGAAGAAGGAGCUCGGCAAGUUCGGCUGAGCCGCGACGUAUUAGCGGCGAGAUUCAUCAACCCUGUUUAUAUAUGUCG